AUGGCUGCUGUACUCUCUGAAAAUUGUUCUGGUCAGUACCUCUACACCCAGGUGAACCAGCCUCUUGAAAUGAGCUGCAUGUUGCUCCUGAUUAUGCUCGGAAAAGUGUUCCUUGAUUUCUUCAUGUUGCAAGUUCAGCAAAAAAAUGUGAAAGUCAGUUUUAUGGGAUACUUUUGUGUUUCACUGGCACUUCUCGAUUUCACACUGCUGCUGAGUAUAUUUUUCAUUUUCUAUUUUGAGGACUUUGCACUUUGGGGUGUGCGAUUUACAAAGUACCACAUUUGCCUGUUCACUCAGAUAAUUUCUCUUACCUAUGGUAUUUUGCAUUACCCGGUAUAUCUUGUGGCUGGUCUGGAUUAUUACAUGACUAUAGCCCAAACCUCUCAAUUUCCUAAAAGAGGUCAGAGAUUGCUUUAUGUAUUUGCUGUGAUUGUUAUAUGGAUUUCAGGGUUUUUUUGUAUUCUGAAAGUUCCCGCUAUCCAUGAAGAACUAGAAAUUCAGAUGCAUUUUUCUCCUUAUCAGUGUCCUCUCUAUGCCAGUGUGCAGAGCUACUCAGUCUCAUGUGCCAUGGUGCUGCUCAUAGGCAUGGCUCUCCUGGCUUGUCGGGAGGAAGUUGUCGCCAUGCUGGUGUCUGUCAGGGUGGCUUCCUUUGCCAGCCAGCCUGUUCUGAUGUUCUCCUAUGUGUCUACCAACAACGGCACUUGCUUUAAGUGGCAGCUCCUGACCAGACUCCUCAUCUGUUUUCUUGGCACUUGGGCACCUUUUGUUCUUCUUCAAAUUAUUGUUUUGUUUCUCGGUGCUCGGAUUCCAGCCUACAUGGAGAUGAACGUUCCCUGGCUGUACUUCAUCAACAGCUUUCUCAUUGCAGUAGCAUACUGGUGUCGAUGUCACGAUGUUGAAUUGACAGAAGAGAUGUGGACUACAGAUCCAUUUGUCAGCUGGAAAUUCUGCUUUAUGCCAUUUAACAAUGAAAACACAGAGCCAGCUGAUAAGCCUGGCACAGUAAUUGUGAUCUGCUAA